AUGACUAAUCAAACCUCUAAAAGUUACCUGUCUAGAAGUGUGGUUCUUUUUUUCCUGUCAAAUCUCAAGUUUAUUGCAUACUUUUUGCUUAGGAGUUCGGCAAGAGAAAACGCACUAAAGACAUUGGUUGAGGAAUUUGAGAGCAAUGUUCGUUAUGAAUUUGCUGAGAAUAAUUUUGUCACUUUGGUACACCGAUGCCAAAAUUGCUUGAAACGAGGUUCUGCAUCAGAGAUUGAUUUAGCAUUACAACUUAAAGGAUUAGUAGUACUCAGUCUUGGUUCGGGUGACGGUGCAUAUGAGAUUUAUGAAGAAUCGCUAGAGUUUCUUCCUCAACUCCUCAAAUCUAAAUUGUCUCACACUGUCAAGGUGAUGGAGUGUUUGUCUAUUGUCACUCUUGUGGCUGCAAGAGACUCUGUAGGCACAGAAAGAUCAAUGGAAAUUAUAUGGCAAUUCAUGAAUCAAGAAUCAAAAUCCAAAGAGACCAAACAUCCGUCAUCCAGGACUGCUACUGCAAUAUCAACUUGGGCUCUCCUCCUUUCAGACAUUAAUAGAUGGAGUGUCGAUCACAAAAAGUGGAAAGAGUUGAUCCCUUAUCUUCUAAAUCAACUAGAGGAAGAUGAUGAACAUGUUAAUGCUGCUAGCAUUGAACUUGCUUUAAUUUUUGAAAUUGGCAGUCUUGAGAAAUUUUCAAAUCGAGCAGAGGAAUAUGAAAGUACAAAGAACAUGAAAGAUGACAUAAUGAAGCAUGGGAAAAGAGCAUGCAGUGGCACCAAUCAAGAUGCUUCAAAAAUUCUCGAGGAUGAUUACAAUAAGAUGACCACCCUCACUUUAUGCAGAACAAGACUUAUCUUUAGUACCUGGUCACAAUUGAAACAGAUAAGUUACAUAAGAAGAUUUUUAGGUUACGUUUUUAUAAAUCACAUGAUGGAAAACGAACAUCUCCACAACGUAUUUAACUUUGUACCAGCAAAGAAAACUAGUGGCGUAGAACUGUAUAAACCUGAAUUUGAAGAGAGGAUGAAUAUGUCCCCUAGUUCUCUAAUGAGCAAGGGAAGGACUAAGUUGAUAAACAAGUACAGGAGUCUUGCAGAGGUGUGCUUUUUGGUAUUAAGUUUGUAUAGUUUAUUAUACUGA